CCCAUUAACAUAACCCCUUCCCCGCAAUGUAUUACAGCACAAUCCUACGCUAUUCCGAUUCAAAUUCCUUCUCCAUAAAAAUCAAAAUCUCUUCAGAUUUUCUCAAACCCUAAUUCUCAAAAAUUCCCCCAAAUUUGGCAAUUUUCUGUGUAACUACUUUACUUGUUGGAAAGUAUUUAACAGAAAAACAAAACAAAAGAUUAGUUAUUCCUGUCUCUUGUCCCCCUUUCCAUUAAAGUUCAAUUUCUCUAGGGUUUCUAUAAUUGAGAAGAAAAAUGGGAAAUAGUGGAAGCAGUGGAAAUAAUAGAAGAAAUAGAAAUCAUAAUCACAAUCAGAAUCACAAUCAUCCAAUUCAUGCUCAGAAUCAACAUCCACAGCAUCCACCACCACAACAUCCACAGCCAGAAAUGACCGGAAAUCGGUAUGUAUUUGCAGCAGCAUCACCGUAUCCUCAACAACAGCAACCAUAUUAUCAUCAAUAUCCUGGGUAUUAUCCGACACCACCACCGACGAUGCCGAAUCCGUAUCAUGGUCCACAUAUGGAUCCUACACAGGGGAAUUGGGUUGCUGGGAGGUAUCCUUGUCCACCUAUGCCUCAGAAUCCUACUCCUUAUGUUGAGCAUCAGAAAGCUGUUACGAUUCGGAAUGAUGUUAAUCUUAAGAAAGAGACUCUUAGAGUUGAGCCCGAUGAGGAGAAUCCUGGGAAGUUUCUUAUUGCGUUUACGUUUGAUGCCACGGUUGCAGGAAGCAUUACCGUCGUUUUCUUUGCAAAAGAAGGUCUAGACUGUAAUCUGACACCAAUGAGAGAAGGUCUUCAACCGAUCACAAUGUCUUUUCAGCAGGGUCUGGGUCAGAAGUUCAAGCAACCUCCUGGAACUGGUAUUGACUUCUCAGUGUUUGAGGAGACAGAACUGAUGAAAGAGGGUGAUAUGGAAGUUUUUCCCUUAGCAGUGAAGGCAGAGGCAUCCCCGCCUGAGCAUAAUGGGUUAGAAGGGGAAAAUCCAGCGCCGGGAGCUGUAACUCUUCAGAUUACACAGGCAGUGUUUGAGAAAGAGAAGGGUGAGUACAAGGUGAGAGUAGUGAAGCAGAUCCUUUCAGUCAAUGGGAUGAGAUAUGAACUUCAAGAGAUUUAUGGGAUUGGAAAUUCUGUUGAUAAUGACUUGGAUGGGAAUGACCCAGGGAAAGAAUGUGUCAUUUGCCUCUCAGAACCACGGGACACUACUGUUCUCCCAUGCCGGCACAUGUGUAUGUGCAGCGGCUGUGCAAAGGUUUUGCGAUUCCAGACAAAUAGGUGCCCGAUUUGCCGUCAGCCAGUUGACCGGCUUUUGGAAAUCAAGGUCAACAACAGAACUGAUGAAUGAAGCCUGAAGUUUGUAUAUCACAGGACAGAAGUUACUUGUAAAGUUCAUUUAUGAUUUUUCGGUUUUCAUUCAUCUUAUGGUCUGUGACAUGAUGAGCCAUGAAACUGUGAAUUAUACACAGCUCUGCAACUGUUAACUUUUUCCGUUGCUACUACCCAUGGAUGCACGACGGAGAGCAAUCAAAACAGGAAAUAACAUUGUUAUGAGCUUGUAACUUUAUAUACUUAUAUGGAUAUUUGGCUCAUAGCAGUCUUUCUUCAGUUUUCGUGUUUGUGGAGAAUUUGGUUGAUUAAUCCAAGACUAAAUCUUUUGCA